AUGCCUGCCACGCUCGAGCUGGACCACCGGGGACCUAUCACGCUGGUGGCCCACCGCGCAGCCGCCAAGGAACUCUCUCAGGUGCUCUGGGACCGCCGGACCACCAUCGAGGCUCUCGUCCGCCACCACCUGGGGCUCGCCCAUGGCGACACGUGCACCGUCGCGCCGGUGGACCGAUGGAUCCGCGGCGGCUUCAACAUGUGCGUGCCCGUCGACGUGGUGCAGCCGCGACGCGCCCGUCGCGCCCGUCGCGCCAGGUUUAUUUUCCGCUGCCCCAUGCCACACAAGCUCGCCAAGCACACCUACCCUGGCACCGUUGGCGAGAAGCUAGGCUGCGAGGUGGCUACGUACCGUACACAUGCCUUUUACGUCCGCCUCUGGCGCACCAUUCGGCGUCGCCUCGGCGCUCUGCUCGGGCACCCAAUCCUGUCGCGCUACGCAGCACACCCAACCCCAACCGGCCUGCACCUGCCGACUGCCUAUGUGCUGCUCGAGCACAUCGGCCCCGACAUCGGGCGCAUGCUCUCUCGGACACGUGGGUCGAGCACCGCCAUCGGCUCAUUCCGCUUCUGGCCCGAUGGUACGGUGACGGUAGCGGACCGGCCGCUAGUGUGCUGCGUGGCCAUCCUAGAGGACGACGGCGCACCGCGUACUAUGCCCAGGGACGAGACCUUCCUCACCAACCGCAACGCUGUCUACGACACUGCAGACUGCCGUAGCCAGAUGACCACCCGCGCCAUGCUCAGGACCCUGUCGCAUCACUACGUUACGCGCGAGCGCCGCCGAGGGCCCUUCCGCCUCCAGCUUACAGACUUCCACGCUAGCAACAUCUUUGUCGACAAUGACUGGAACGUCACCUGCCUUAUCGACCUCGAGUGGAUCUGCGCCCUGCCCGCCGAAAUGAUUGCAGUGCCAUAUUGGCUUACGGGACAGGGUAUUGACCAGCUCGCAGGGGACGAUCUCGCCGAGUUCGACCAAGUCUGUCCCGAGUUCAUGGACGUGCUGGAAGAGGAAGAAGCUAUAGUCGCACCAGCCCCGGGGCAUCCACCGGCGCUAGCUGCCAUCAUGCGCGAGAGCUGGGACUCUGGGACGGUGUGGUUCUUGCGCUGUCUUACGUCCGUAAAUGCCAUGAUCUCUCUCGUAGACGACCACAUCUCUCCCCGGUUCUACCCCUUGUCCUUCAGGGUGGAGGAUGUCUUCUCAAAGUACUGGUGCCAGGAUUCUACCCAGGUUGCCUGCGGAGCAAACCGUGUUCGGAUUUGCUGCUAA